AAGAUUUCUUAUCUGAAUUAUGUGACAUUAGUGCUGGCGUAGAGUCGUAUUUAACACGACUCUGCGUCGUUAUUGUUUUGUUCACGUGAUAUUUGUGUUAUUAUGACUCUGUCGUUCAAACGAGACAAACUGGUUAAUGUUUUGUUAGCUAAGCUAGUUAGCCGGCCUCAUUUGUUUACAUUAGUGAGGCAGUUCAGUAGAGCCAGGAAACCCCCUGAGCUCUACGUCUGUAGUUGGAACAGGUGUUCUGUUUUCUGCUACGCCAGAGGUUAGAGAUAUUUUCUAGAAUGACGGCUGUCCAAUAGGAGGAGGGAUGAGGGGCUCUGGGCCAGCAGAACUGCUCGCAGGCCUCUGUCACACAGACGAGCACAAUCCUUUCCCUGUGUGGCAGAAUGGACUCCUCAGCCCUUGUUUCAACCAGCUCGUCCUUGGAGCCUUGCCUCAUGCAGGGAUGGCCAUUUUCAGUGCCUGCUUCCUCAGCGUGGCAAGACGCAGCCUCCACCGGACGUCUCCUCCCUGCGGCUGGACGCUCAGGUCGGCGUCGGCUCUGCUGGCCGCGCUGCUCUUCGCCGCAGACGUGGUCCUGGUGAGCCUCCUCCAGCAGGACGACAUGUUUCUGGACGUCCUUGCUGACAGCUGUGCCAUCCUGGCCUGGCUGGUCCACUUCAGUGCCAUCACGGUGCUCCAGAGGACUGUGUUCAGGAGGACCAGAGGACCUACACUGCUGCUCCUGCUGGUCCUUCUGUCUGUCCCAAACGUGGUCAUCACCUUGAUGAUUUACUGCGCCAAUCAGGAAUAUUUGAACCCCACAGAGCCUCUUAAGGUGGGACGUUUUGUUCUUGCCUCAGCCCGAACGCUCCCCCUCCUGGUUUAUCUUCUGGCAUUUGCAUUUCCCUGCAUCGGUGACGCUGGAUAUACUUUGUAUGUCAAUGCUGUGGAUGGGUCCCCGCUCAUCUCAGAGGGCACUCAGCCCGACACAGGUGAGAUGGUGGCCGAGGAUGGAAGCAGCUGUGUCUCUCGGCUCUUCUACCUGUGGUUGACCCCUCUCCUGAGACGAGGGCAGCGAGGGGAGCUGGACAGACCGGCUGAUGUUUAUCACCUCCCUCGGAAACUUCGGACUAGCGUGCUCUGUCGAUACUUCCACCAGUGCUGGGAAGCCUGCCGGCGAGGGGCAGCGGUCAGUGAAGGGCAGGAUCAGUGGCCCAGGCCGGUCAGCGGGAACCUCCUGAGUGGCACCUGGAGUUCACACUACCAGGAGGAACCACUGGACCUGCAGGGUGAUGUAGGACUGCUGAGGGUGCUGCACAAGGCGUUUGGGUUGCGAUACUACCUUCUCGGUGUGCUGAAGGUGUCGGUCAACAUGCUGAGCUUUGCAGGUCCCCUGCUCCUCAGCGAUCUGAUAAACUUCAUGGAGGAAAAGGCAGCUCCAGUCAGUACGGGGGUCUGGUGUGCUCUGGGACUCUUUAUCACCACUUUUCUCACUUCUGUCCUCCGGAACAUCUUUGUCUUCGAGGUCUCCAAGGUGGCGUUGUCAGCACGCACUGCUCUUGUGUCGGCCAUCUACGGCAAAGCCCUGCGGGUCAGCAGCAGCAACCUGGCGGGCUUCACCCUGGGAGAGGUGGUGAACUUAAUGAGCACGGACACUGAUCGUGUGGUCAACUUCUUCAACAGUUUCCACGAGCUGUGGAGCCUUCCCUUCCGGCUUGCGAUCACCCUCUACCUGCUGUACCUGCAGGUGGGUGUGGCUUUCCUCGGAGGGCUGGGCGUGGCGCUGCUGCUGGUGCCCUUCAACAAGUUCCUUGUUUCCCGUAUCAUCAAGAACAACAAAGACAUGCUCAGGUACAAGGACAGCCGUGUCAAGUUAAUGACGGAGAUCCUCUUCGGCAUUCGCGUCAUCAAGUUCUACAACUGGGAGCCUUAUUUUACUCAGAGGGUCGCCGACUGUCGUAAGAAAGAGCUGUCCCACCUCAAGGCCAUCAAGUACCUGGACGCCAUGUGUGUUUACACCUGGGCUGCUCUGCCAGUGGUCAUCUCCAUCCUCACCUUCGUCACAUAUGUGCUGCUGGGACACCAGCUGACUGCACCCAAGGUCUUCACCACGCUGGCUCUGGUGGGAAUGUUGAUCAUCCCGCUCAACGCUUUCCCCUGGGUGCUCAACGGCAUAUUGGAGGCCAAAGUGUCUUUGGAGCGAAUCCAACGCUUCUUCAAACUGACCAAUCGGGACCUGCAGGCGUACUACGCCCUGGUGUCUCCUGAGGAUACUCAGAUGUCCGUCCUGUUGAGUCAGGUGACGUUUUCCUGGCGGGGGCCCGACGGUCCCAAAGAGGGAGAAAGUGACCGCGGAGCCGCCAAAGGGAGUCUGCUGCUGCACAGCCUCAGUCUGAACAUAACCAAGGGCUCUCUGGUCGUUGUGGUGGGGAAAGUCGGCUGUGGGAAAAGCUCCUUACUGGCUGCUCUCACUGGAGAACUCAGCAGGCACAGCGGGCUCGUGUUCGUUGCGGACCGAGAGGCCGGCUUCGGUCUGGCGUCUCAGGAGCCGUGGAUCCAGAACGCGUCAGUACGGGACAACAUCCUGUUUGGCAAAGACUACAACCCCGCCUUCUACCAGGCUGUGAUCGCGGCCUGCGCUCUCUCAGACGACCUGAACGUUUUGCCGAAUGGCGACAGGACGGAGGUGGGAGAGAACGGAGUGACUCUGAGCGGAGGACAGAAGGCCCGACUGGCCCUCGCCAGAGCUGUUUACAUGGACAAGGACAUCUACCUCCUCGAUGAUCCUUUGGCAGCGGUCGACACGGACGUGGCCGAACACCUCAUGAAGAAAUGCAUCCUGGAGCUGCUCAAGGGCAAGACCAGAAUCCUUUGCACACACCGCAUAGAGUUUGUGGACAAGGCAGACGUGGUGGUCCUCAUGGACAACGGAACCAUCAUCCAAACAGGAACGCCAGCAGAAAUCCUCCCUCUGGUCGAAGCCGUGCCUAAAAAUCGGAAGAAUGAGCACAACAUGAGACAGAAAGAUGGUGUGGAGCAGGAGGAAGAGGAGCCCAAUUCUUCCCCCGAUCUCUGCGUGGAUGAUGACCUCGAGCUGUCGGGGGCGGAGGAGAAGCAGGUGGGCGGGCUGGCGUGGAGAGUCUACCGGACCUACUGGGUUGCUGUGGGCGGAGUGCUGGCCUCUGCGGUCCUGAUGUCUCUGCUCCUCAUGCAAGCCUCUAAGAACGUUUCUGAUUGGUGGCUGUCCCACUGGAUCUCAGAGCUGAGGAACAACGGCUCCACUGGACUGAAUGGCUCUUCGCCAGGUGGCUUCGGCUCACCUCACCUGCUGCUCUUCUCACCUGGAGGCUUGAUGUCUCCUCUGUCCUCCUCUGUGCAAACGUUCCCUUCAAACAACAUGAGCUCCGAUGUGGAGUUUUACCUGACGGUGUACAGCUCCAUUGCCGUGGCCAACACCAUCUUCACCGCCCUCCGAGCCUUCCUCUUUGCCUACGGAGCCAUCUGCGCUGCCAUGGCCAUCCACAACAGACUUCUGGACCGGGUCCUUAAGGCCACAGUGACCUUCUUCGACACCACCCCGAUGGGUCGCAUUCUCAACCGUUUCUCUUCGGAUCUGUACAGCGUGGACGACAGCCUGCCGUUUAUCCUCAACAUCCUGCUGGCCACAGCGUUCAACCUGCUGGGCAUGUUGGUGGUCAUAAGCUAUGGCCUCCCCUGGGUCCUAGUGCCCCUGCUGCCCCUGGCUCUGUUCUACUACCGCACACAGCACUUCUACCGACACACGUCGCGCGAGCUGAAGCGCCUGUGCAGCCUCACCCUGUCGCCCAUCUACUCGCACUUCUCUGAGACGCUGACGGGGCUGGGAACCAUCCGGGCCAGCGGCAGCUCUGCCAGGUUUGAGGAGGAGAACGCCAGGCGUCUGGAGCAGAACCAGCGCUGCUUGUUCCUCAGCAAUGCCGCCAGGCAGUGGCUGGACAUCCGCCUGCAGCUGAUUGGAGUUGCUGUGGUGACCGGUCUCGGGGUGAUCGCUGUCAUCCAGCACCAGUACAGUUCUGUUGAUCCAGGUCUGGUGGGUCUGUCCCUGUCCUACGCCCUGUCCAUCACAAUGCUGCUGUCUGGCCUGAUAUUCAGCUUCACCCAAACUGAGAUGCAGCUGGUGAGCGUGGAGAGGACUGAGGAGUACUCCACCAGCCUUCCCACCGAGCCGCAGCACCACAACACAGAGCUGUCCCCAGCGUGGCCCGAACGUGGCUGCUUGGAGUUCCGCGCCGUGGUUUUGUCCUACAGAAGCGGUCUUCCUAAUGCUCUGGACGGGGUCAGCCUGGUGGUGCGACCUGGAGAGAAGGUGGGCAUCGUGGGACGGACGGGCUCUGGCAAGUCCACCCUGUUCCUGGCUCUGUUCCGGAUGGUGGAGCUGAAUCAGGGUCAGAUUCUCCUGGACGGGCUGGACAUCAGCACUGUGGGACUGUCUCAGCUCAGGUCCAGGUUGGCCGUUAUUCCUCAGGACCCCUUCCUGUUCAGCGGGACCAUCAGGGAGAAUCUGGACCCGUGUGGGCGACACGCAGACCAGCAGCUGCUGGACGUCCUGGAGCAGUGCCACCUGGGCUCUGUGGUCAGCAGGAUGGGUGGUCUGGAUGCUGAGGUUGGGGACAGAGGAAAGUCCUUCUCUGUGGGACAGAGACAGCUGCUGUGUCUGGCCAGAGCUCUGCUGACUCAGGCCAAGCUCCUGUGUAUCGACGAAGCCACAGCCAGCGUGGAUCAGAAGACGGACAAGCUGCUGCAGCAAACCAUCAGGGAGAAGUUUGAGGACAAGACGGUGCUCACUAUAGCGCACAGGAUUAACACCAUCAUGGACUGCGACCUGGUCCUGGUGAUGCAUGCUGGGCGGGUGGUGGAGUUUGACACCCCGGCGGCUCUGUGCCAAAACGACAGCUCCAUCUUCCACAGGCUGGUGGGUCAGAAUGCAGAGUGAGACGACGGCGAAGAUGCUGGAGGGAGGGAACUUCGAGAUGGGGUCAAUUCUUCCUGGAUUGGUGGAUUUUCUCUCCACUUCCCCUUAAAUGACUUUUUCUUUUGCCCGUUUGAUCUCAUGGUUUGAUUCUCUUCACUGUGGACACGAUGGAGGACAAAUCGCCCGUCGAAGGCUCAUAUAAACCAGCCGCGGUGGCUGAUGUGGGUCAGUAGCCGCACUUAUGUUUGACUAUUUUAAUAAAUGUGAGAAAGAAGAAAUCUAAAAAUACCUACCGUGCGUUAGCUGCUACCAAACAUCUGGGGAAAAUGUUCCUGCCGGUGUUGUUGCAGGGUUGUUAACCAUAAUUUAGACAGCGGAGGAACACAAAGCCUCAGACUGUGGAAGAAACUGAAUAAGUUACUGUACAUCACUGCAGAGGAUUUACACAUGUAGAACAAACGCUGCUGUUCAGAUGAGUGACAUGUUGUCCUGCAGGUUUAGUUGCAGUCAGGGAUGAAGCAGCAUCAGUCUGACAUUAUGGUCCAAACCCUAAUUUGAUGGAACCAUCGACGUGUCAAUGAUGGGAGCAGAAUUAAUUUGACACUUUUACACUCUUCUGCUGCUAGUUUUAGAUGUUUACAACUAAUCACCCAAGAAGAGAAAACUGAGAAUGGAGCUUUUAUCAGCUUGGCUCCUAAACUUCAUUUCCUUGUUUUAGCAAAAAUGCAGCAUCUUUAGCUGACAACACGUGACAUACAUCUUUAUGUUUUCAUUUUAUCUUUAUUUUUCUUAAAAUAAUUAUGCUUUUUUGGUCUUUUGCACAAGAUCAGUGGGACUUCGGACAUGCUUGUUUAAUUUUCUAACCUUGAUUUUAUCUUUAUGUACGUGUUUUUUUGUACUUUUUUUAAAAGCACAGGGAAGGUUUUUCUACAACGAACUGGCUGCCUGUAAACGUGUUGAGUGUCUCCACUCUUGUCUCUGUUUAUAUUCUCUGUAUUUCCUUUACAAACGCUUGUGUUCUAAUGUACUUGUGGCGUGAACUUGUGCAUGAAGCCAGCUGUGAUAUGAAAUCACACACUGGGCGUCACUGAGCUCCACGCUAACAGCACAGGUUGUCACGCAGACUGUUUUGUGUGGGUGUUUUGGCACCAGAGCUGCAGCUAAAGUCCAUCACUGAUUAGCCUAAUUUUCUGAUUAUUUUUGGUUUAUGAAACCUCAGGAAACGGUGCAAAAUGCCUCUAACGAUGUCCUAAGGCAGUGACUCCAGUGACUCCCAACCCAGCCUGUGAAGUCCACUUUGUGUGAUUGAUAUUUAAUUAGCAUCCGGUUUGACAUGAUUUCAAACAAGCACACCAAUCCAGCAAUUAAUGGAUUAUCGACACAAUUGUUUUUCUUUUGACAGCUCUCAUGUAACCUUUAAAUUCAAAUAUUGAUUGAACAGUUUUUGUCUUUUUGAAUGUUUGGGUUCACUAGAUGAAAUGUUGACAGGCUGUAUGUGCAAUGUGACGAUAUGUGAUGUAUUCAACAUUUCAGAUUCCUUUCAUUUUGUUUAAUUUCCACAGCGCAGUACAAACUGUAAUAAAUAAUAAACAGGGAUUGUUUGUAGCGAA